AUGGCUUAUUUUCAGCAGCCUCAGCGGCCCAUUGCGGACGGCCAAUAUACGCAAGUAAUUUACACCCUUAUAAAGGACCAAAAGUUCACCGAGGCGAUAUCCCAUUUGCAAUACCAGUUACAGGCAAGGGGUAACAUCCCGGAGAGCAGAGCAGCGUUGUCGCUUUUGGGAUACUGUUACUACUAUACAGGUCAAUAUGAUCUUGCCUCGCAGAUGUACGAGCAGCUUGUUACGCUGUAUCCAAACAAUGAGGAUUACAAACUCUACUACUCCCAAAGCUUGUAUAAGGUGUGGAUGUACACGGAGUCUAGCAAAGCAGCUGUCAAAGUGGAGGGCCACCAGAAGGCGGUCACGACGCUGCUCGUGGCGUGUGCAUACGAGCAGGAUGACCUGACUGGCUGCCGACGUCAGCUCGACAAGUGUGUCCCUGAUGACCCCGACACCAUGGUCAACACGGGCUGCAUCAUGUUCAAGGAGGGCAAGUACGAGGCGGCCAGGCAGAAGUUCAAUGAUGCGGUGCAGGCUCUUGGCUACCAGCCCGAGCUGCUGUACAACAUCGCUCUGUGCCACUACAAGACUAAGCAGUUUGGCCCCGCACUGAAGCACCUGGCGGAGAUCAUUGAGAAGGCGGUGCGGGAGCAUCCGGAGCUGAGCGUGGGCAGCAAUACGGACGGCAUGGAGGUUCGCAGUGUGGGCAACAGCCAGACGCUGAAGGAGACUGCCCUUAUUGAGGCCUUCAACCUGAAGGCCGCCAUCGAGUACACCAUGAAGAACGUGGAUGCCGCCAAGGAGGCACUCACCGACAUGCCACCCAGGGCAGAGGAGGAGCUGGACCCGGUGACUCUCCACAACAGCGCCCUCAUCAACAUGGACACCGACCCCACCGGCGGGUUCAAAAAGCUCAACUUCUUGCUCCAGUCGCCGCCCUUCCCCCCGGAGACCUUCGCCAACCUCCUACUGCUGUACUGCAAACCUACACACGGCUUUUACGACCUGGCAGCAGACGUACUGGCGGAGAACCCGCAGUACGCCAGCAAGCUGCUGUCGCAGGAUCUGUACGACUACCUCCAAGCCGCUAUUGGCCGGUACAAGUCGCCAGAGGAGGCCUUCCGGCGCUUUGACGAGCUGGCCACCCGCCAUGUGGAGCAGCUGAGGAGGCUCACCAAGCAAAUACAGGACGCGCGCAUCGCUCGGGACAACGACGCCAUCAAACGCGCCAUUAACGAGUACGAUGAGGCCCUGGAGGCCUACAUCCCCGGCCUCAUGGCCAUGGCCUCCAUCUACUGGGACAUGGAGCUGUACUCCAAUGUGGAGAAGAUAUUUCGACAGUCAGCGGAGUUCUGCUCCGAACACGAGGUGUGGAAGCUCAACGUGGCGCACACCUUCUUCAUGCAGGACAACCACUACAAGGAGGCCAUCCGCUACUACGAGCCCGUGGUGAAGAAGAACGCGGAUAACCUUUUAGGAGUGACCGCCAUCGUACUUGCAAAUCUGUGUGUAUCGUACAUCAUGACCAGUCAGAAUGAGGAGGCGGAGGAGCUGAUGCGCAAGGUGGAGAAGGAGGAGGAGCGAUCUGCACUGCAGGACCCCGACAAGGCCUGUUUCCACCUGUGCAUCAUCAACCUGGUCAUCGGCACACUCUACUGUGCCAAGGGCAACUACGAGUUCGGUGUGUCGAGAAUCAUCAAGUCGCUGGAGCCCUAUGACAAGAAGCUGGAGACGGACACUUGGUACUACGCCAAGCGCUGCUUCCUGUCCCUGAUCGAGAACCUGGCUAAGCACAUGAUCCAGCUCAAGGACAGCUCCUUCACGGAGAUCAUGGCCUUCCUGAAUGAAGCGGAGAAGUACGGCAAGGACAUCCGGGUGGUGUUCAGUGAAGGCAAGCACCAGAGCCGUACUAUCGCGUCGGAGGCACGGAUGCUCAAAAAGAUGUUCCUCAAGCUGCGGGAUUGAGAAACGUGAGGCUUAGGAUUGGGGAUGACCUAGGUAUGCGUUCAAAACCAAGGACAACGACAACGAUGAGUAAUGGGCAGCCGCAGGUGCUGCUGUUGAUGUUGUCUCGAGUAAUGGUGGCGGAGGCUGGCUGAGGUGUUCCGCGGGGUAAUGCAGGCGGACGAAACCCAGGCGUGUGCAUCUCCAUUUCUCGUGUAUAUUCUGGCUGAGCCUUCCCAGAUGCUUAGGCCGGGGGACCGGGGGCCAGAGCGGGGAUGAAGACAUGCAGUGAAUGCCGGUGGGAUGCGGGCCACACCUUCCCGCAUCUGCAGUCUCGCGGUGUGUAGUGCAAUAUUUGCACUACUAGAUCGGCCGAAGACAUCUGUCUCACAGAUGUGGGCGCGUGUUAAGUGUGCGUGUGCCCGACUCAUCAUGUUACGUGCGCUUUAGCUUUGUGACCUUGCGCAUUGUUACGAUUUAACGCUCCUCUGUGAAACCAUAGUGAACAGGACGCCACUUAUAAGGCAUGGCAAUUGACUUGUAGCUUGCGACGGAGGUUAAUGGUCUUGGGAGGGGUGUGGCGGUGGUGCGGUUGCGAUGGCUGUUUCACGCCGGACCGUUACGGAGAGCAUGAACCGGCUAGCUGCUGAAAAUCGUAGCCAGCGUUUUGGGAUGCCAGGGCUUGAGGGACGUGGCCCAGACCGCUUGAAGCGAGGCUGGCCGGCCCGAAAGAACCGGGGGAGGCAGGCAUGGCGGCGGGCUUGGCGGUACGGCAACCAGGAGGCCAUACACACAGCCACCGGUCGCAUCCUUACCACUGUGUACGCACCAGGGAAGGCGGUGCUGAAUGCGCUCGGAUUGGUUGGUAAAAGGAAAGCUGGCAGACAUCGUGGCACAACGUAAUCGAGCUCAUUUACAAGGAGGGAAUGAGCUUGGGCGAAGCAGGAAAGCGGUGGUGUACAUACGUGGAUGGGGCAGGCGAGCAUGCGUGAGAUUAAGCGGUGUGUAUAGAGAGGAUGUGAUGCAGGACGGGCUAGACCGGAUGGAGGAUCCAGGCGCAUAAUGAGAACGUCAGCUCCGUUAUACCCCCUGUCAUCUGGGCGGGGGAUGGCAGGUGCCUGUCAUGACAUAGGAUCCGCUGUCCUUGUUGGGUAUCAGGGCAACCCAGCCACUUGAACAGGCUGAGCCGUGAUAGCACAUUAUGCUUUCAGGCCGUGGGGUAAAGAUAAGGGAUGCCGCCCUGCUGUCAAGCUCUGGAGAAAUAGUGGACGGAAUAGGAGCAACCUUUGGGCGUUGCUGGAAAUAUGUAGCUACAGUGAUGCAUUAACUUUCGAAGCCCACAAGGACACUGCGAACGAAGGCUUCCCGUCCACGCAAGGCAUGUACUUCGAAGUGCAUAUGCGGCGUGUCUAUGGCGAUCCUAUGGCAUAUAACAAUGUGUGAGGUACACUUAUGUUGCAUAUUAGUGCCCUUCGCCAGGGAGAAACCACAUAUCGCUUGUGUA